AUGUGGAGGUCAAAGUGCCUGCUGAAGCAGCGUCCAAUUAAAUCAUCCCAAAUAGCAGCUGACUACGGAUACGUACUUGGCCGAGUCCGGGGUGGGGGGGACAAGUCAACAAAUCCCCGGUCCGGCGUGGGUGCCGUCCGAUGUUUAGCGCAGCAGCACCUUAAGCCCGUGGGCCGCAAGCGUCAGCCCCUGACCCUGAAACAUCGGACUGGGCCGACUGGAUCACCACCAUGGCCCCAAAUUCAGGGGACAAGGGCAGAAAGAGCAUGUUUCUGCACCACUCUCCACCACCACGGACAGGUACAGUACUGCAAUGCACCGGCCGACGGCAAUGACGGGGGAGCUUGGACACCGCGCGCCGUGACUUCCACGCUGUUCCUUUUACUGAGUGGCCCCGUUCCCCUCCAGUGUCCAUCCGUUGUAUUGUACCUUCAUGUUGUGCUGUCACCUGUCGUCCCACCUCGAUAUUCUUUUUCUUACUUCUGCAUACUCUUCUACUUGUCUUCUUCGUUUCCGCUUUCUCAUCUUCAACUUCCGAGUCCCCGGCCUGAUGCAGACUUGACCUUUCUUUUCUUGCCUUGGCUGAUUCUCUUCUUCUCCCCUGUUCGACUCGACUCUCCAACUACCCCACGCUCAUUCUCUGGAUCACCAUACAACGACUAA